UAUUCCACCAAUAUCUAUCUUGUUACCAAAAAUAAUAGAGGAUGGACUAUGUUCAUAUGUCCUGUUAGACUUUUUGAUGAGGAAACAAAGUGAUUUCGUAGUUAAAUAUCUCAAGGAAGCUCAUAGGAAAUCUGGCAGCAUAUCCAGUGUAAACCCGAAAGAGGUGACAUCAGCACAUCUAAUCAGCUACGACCCCCAGCACGACAUUUUACCUUUAGUGCUUGCUAACUGCCAGUAUUCAUUUGAGAUGGGUAAAGGGACAAAGAUAGAGUAUGACUUUGCUGCCUUAGAGAGACAAUUGAUGGACAGGUUCUUGUUUUCAAAGUCAAGAAUUGAAGUUGGAAGGGUGUUGAUGAUUGACCAGAUGGUGUACAGAACUGAGUUCACUGAUGCUGAAGUCUUCAGAAAACUGUCUGAGAAAAUACCCCAGGAAAAUUUGAGUGCAGCAGUUAAGACUCAGAUAUGUGCUGAGAUAAAGACGCUACCAGAUAUUUGUACAUCACUGGACAAUCUGGACAUAACAAUAAGUUUUCUAAAGUCUACAGGAGGUCAACCAGAGAAAACUUUACAUGAAUUCAUGGGGAACACACUUCAAAUGAAAACCACAAUACAUAGUCAAAAGGCCCAGCAGGCAUGUGAAUUAAGACAUGCACAGUCACUAUGGUUACUGCUGUCACUACAGAAAUCAAAGAAGAUGAUUGGGAAUAAUCAACACACAGAGUCAACAUUUGAAAGUGUGUUAAAAGAGUUCCACGAGGAAUUACCAGAUGAGAUAAUGGCAGAAUACAGGGGUUAUAUGAAGAAGUUGUCAAUAGAGAAACUAAACCAGCUUGUAGAAAUACUUCACGAGUAUAUUCUGUUAGUUGUUGCUGUCAGACAAAACCCGGAGGACGAGGAUUUUAUUGAUACAACCAACCACAAACUUGGAGAAUGGCUGCCUGGAUAUGUAGACAGCAUGGACAAUCCUUUGUUAGAUUUGGCAGUACUAGCAGACUUCCCAAAGGACAUUCUAUAUAAAUACAGUGUUCAUACAUGGGUGUGUACAUACGUUAUGUUGAAAGAAAAACAGACUGGAAACUAUAGAAGAUAUUGAGAGAUAUUCUCAUUGUAAAUGUAAGGACUGACAAAAAAAUACAAGACCAAAUGUUCAAAUCUGUGAUGGGUGUGUGAAAUAUUUUAAAAGAAAAGGGAUAUUUGAUAGUGAUAAUGUUAAAGCAGACAAUCAUAAUACGUAUGCUUGUAUUCUUUGUUUUUGCAUGUUACACACAAAACAUAUGGCCUUAUAAUAGUUGUGAUAAACUGUUCAGUAGAAGGAAGUAUUUUCAUUGUCAUAUUAUUACUAGACUUGAAAAUGUUUUAUAAUUAUAAAAAUGUGAAGGUUGCGAGCAUGAGAAGCAUGGAGACUGUGAUGGUCAUAAAAACAAUGAAACAGGUGAUAAUAAUAAAAUGGUGUGAUAUUUUUGUUGAAUUGAGUUAUAAUUGUAUCAUGUAUUAUUGUGUUUAUUUUUGAUUCGUUACUGAUACUUGACACUACAUUAAAUAUUUAAUGUUGCUGUUUAUUUAACUGUUUUGGAUUGGUGUUCAUUCAUGUUUACGUUUACUACGGACAAUUUGUUGAUUUUCUUUUAUAAUGUAAAUUUGUUUGUUGAUUUUGUAUUUUAUUUUCUUGUGUAUUACAAAAAGAAAGUGUUAAUUAAAAUAUUUUGUUUUUGAUUGGCACUUGAUGAAAACUGACAAAAUACAUGCAUGUUUUGUAUUUUGCUUUGUAUUGCUAUGUAUGUAGAGAAUAACACGUUGCGUUGGUCGUUAAUUGUAGUAUCAUGGCAUAAUAUUAAUGAAAUCAGUGGGAGUGGUAUGGGGAACAUGGUCAUUUGUAAAAUGUCAUAAAAUUUCUGCUCUAAAUGUUUGCUUUGUGUGUGUGAUUAUGAUACUUAAGUGAGUUUAUUGAACAUUAUAUCUUAAUUGUCUGCCUGCAAAAGCACUGGCAUGAGAAGUAGUGAAAUUGUUUGAGUUUAUCCUUGGCUGGCAGAUCACUCUUUUUCAAGUGUUUUCUCUAAGCAGAUAUUUUAAUGGAUUCUGUUUGUUUAAAUAUAUGGUAUACCAAUCAUGAUUUUUCUACCAAGCAUAAAAAUAAGGAUAAUGUUUAUUGUCUUACAACUGUUAAUAAUAAAUGUAAAGAAAACUUUGUUACAACAUAAGUUUUAAAAUUAGAACAUUAAUUACUGAUAGCAAUUAAGGAUUGUUUUAGGCAUGUUAUAAUUGAUAUAUAGCUUAUAUUUAACAGGUAAAUUAAUGCUUAAAUACUGUUGAUCGUCAUUUACAAAUAAACAAUCUAACAAAAAUU